AUGCCGAUGAAUAAUAUAUUACUUCAAGAUGACCAUAUGCCUUCCUCCCCGGAAGAAAUACCACAUGAUAACACUUCAACUUUGCUGGAUCCAAAGCUAGAGGUCAUAGACUCGAAUACACCCCUUUUCUUUAUGCCCCAGCCACCUCUUGAUAAUAGGCCCUCGGAAACUGCUUCACAAAGUUCACACCUUCACCAGACUGUUUUUAACUCCAUGCCACUAGGUGACAUGCAUCAAAUUAACACUUUUAUGUCUUCCCCGUUCUCGACGGGCAUAACAAAUUUUACUCAAAACAGUGCGAAUUAUUUAGAAUUCAUCGAUGGGAAUGAUAGUAUUAUAGAAACUACCAAUAUUACGUCAACAGAAGCCGAUCGGCAAUGCCAAAUGCAAGAUAUCAGUGAUAAAGGUCUACAAAUUCGAGUUCUCGGAGUUUCACAAUCGGGUGCAAAAUCUCGAGUAGAAACGCAGAUCAAAUUAUGUCUACAGCUUGUCACGGACAAAGGAGAAAAAGUACCGUUGUGGUCGCAUUUACGUUUACCAGAAUACAUGGUAGCCAAGGAAAAACUUAAAACCAAAAACGCUAGAAAUCAUCCAGAUCAUGCAAUGAAUAUUUCCGAGAAAGGCGUCUUAAAUUUAGAAGCAACUGUGGUCUGUGCUAGUGAGAUGCCAAAAAAGGUUCUUACCUGUCUCGGAUGCGUACAACGAGAGCGAAAAAGGUCUCAACGCAAAAAGGAAAAUAAGCAUUCGAAGGCCAACGCAAAUGCUACCCCAUCCAAUGAUGAAGCCAACAAGCCCAUGGAUUUAGAUGACGAAAAAACAAUGCAGUUAGAGCAGCGCAAGAUAUUGUUAUUUAACUGCAGUGAAAUUGUUGACUUUAGCAGUGGGGAUACCAUUUUGCCAACACGAAUUACCUGCUAUUGCCGUCAUCACAACGAAAAAGUUGGAUUUUGUAUAUAUUUCGUUAUGAAGGAUUAUGCUGGUACCGUUAUAGCCUGUGGAAUGUCUCCCCCCAUAAUGAUAACAGAUGAUCACAAAUCAUCCAAGACUAAAGUAGGUGUUGGACGAAAAAACCGGAGAUCUGAAUACGAUCGCCGUAACUCUGCUGUACCCAGUAACAGUAGUAAUGCCUCUAAGCAUAAUGAUCAAAGUGCACGAUCAUCACCUACGCCUAGCAACAGCACCGAAACAAACUCUCGUUCAAUAAUACCAACAAACAUUGAUUCGUCCGAUAUGCCAUCAUCACCCGUUUCCAUAGUACCCACUCAAAAUUCCAAUCUAUCGUUGCAAGCUCCUAUUAUAAAACAAGAGGAAAAUAACAGUAUUACACAACAGAUGCAAUUACAGUCGUCUACAUAUCAGUUAUCGCCACCUCCUAUCUCUCCAAUAUCCCCUAUAUCUCCGGUUACACCUCUCACAGCCAGCAUACCAAAUACACCAAAUUCACCCUCUGUGGCAUAUUCCAUAGCAACCAUGUCGCCGACAACAAUUGGUAAUUUGAGUCCUAUUUAUCAACAGCAGCAGUUGCAUCAAAGCAUUGGUAACGGGAAUCGUUUCGGCGUUGCGAACACUCAUCAAGGUGGCGGAGGUCCCGUUCGACUACAUGUGUCGCAUCAUCAAAAUAAUAUACCAAGGAGGUCAUUUUACCAUACUGGCGGGAAUUCUUCGGUCAUAUAUCAAUCUAAUGGGUUCUUACUACCAAGGAUUAGCAGGCUGAUUCCUUCAGAAGGACCCACCUAUGGAGGUGUUGAAGUAACUGUUUUAGGGAGUAAUUUUUAUGAGGGACUUACAUGUGUGUUCGGGGAUACGCCUGCUGCUCCAACUCAAUAUUGGUCACCAAACACCUUGGUCUGUUUAUUGCCUCCGUGUCCAACCCCCGGUCCCGUACCUGUGAGUUUUAAAGAGCAUCCAAUAAAUUUAUUAGAAAAUCCGGAACAAGAAGUCAUCUUUUUUGCCUAUAUUGACGCGUUGAUGGAACUAGCUCUCCAAGUUGUAGGCAUGAAAAUGACCGGAAAAAUUGAAGAUGCACGAAACAUUGCUAUGCGUAUCGUAGGAGGCGCUGAUGACUCGUCAAAUUCUGGUGGCGGUAAUGCAAAUGGAAAUAUGAAUGGAAUCAACCUCUCUUCGUAUGCCCGACAGAUAUCGACGUCUAGUAACAAUUUAGAGGAACAUAUAAUAGCAACAAUCAGUUUGAUGGACGCUAUCGAAACCGAGUUUAAUAGUUUGUCCCUUCAAAAUCGACAACAACAUACCAUGUUGCAUAUAGCUGCCAUGUUGGGUUAUAAAAAACUAUGUGAGAUCCUUAUUGAAAGAGGUAUUGAGAUAGAUGUGCAAGACAAAUACGGCUUUACUGCUCUUCAUUACGCUGCGUGGACAGGAGAGAUUGAGAUUGUUAGAUGUCUUUUAUAUGCUGGUUCCAAUGAUGCUAUCCGAAAUUUCAACGAUCAAAGUGCCUCAGACUUGGCCAUGUCAAGAAAUUAUGACGAAGUAUCAGCUUUGAUUGUUGAUUACCAUUUUCAUGAUUCAGGAGUUUCUUUGUCUCCGACAUCUUCUGAAGAACGUUCUCUUAUCGAUUCGGGCGGUGAAGAUAGUUGGUACGAUGACAGUGAUGAGGACUGUAAUGAGGACGAUCGGAAUAUAUCCAUGAAUUCCGACAUUGGGAUGUACAGCGCAAACAAAGAUGAGUCUCCUAACUCUCCAGAAACUGAGAACAAUACCACACCUCAUAUUUCAUGGGUGGACGCAAAAACUGCGAGUGAUUUGAUGCAUGAUGAGUUCGACCGAGAUGACGAAAUAGUAGAUGCUGAGGUGGUUGAGGAUGAGAAGAAAUAUUUGAAACAACCUCUGUCUGAGAUUGCCACAGAUCUCGCAACGGCGUCCACUAUUUGGCUUCAAAAAACUUUUGCACACAUGCAUAUGCCAACGAUUAGUAAACCUUCAAAUAUUAAUAUCACUCUCCCCAAUAUUAAGAUGCCUAACCUUCAAAUGCCCAAUCUUCAAAUGCCGAAUCUUCAUAAUUUUUCAUCACCUAAACUCUCUACAAUGACUUUUG